AAGCACCCGACUUCCGGGAAGAUUAUCCCUGGCUGGUCCUGAGGUCUAACUGUUACAGGCCGUAGUCACCAUGGUUACAGGGCAGAACGUCGAUUUACAAUCAUCGCAACGCUUCCUAUCUAUGAUCAUAGUGGAAGGGUGAUGAUGCAGGCUGAAUGCAUAUUGCACCUGUGAUUUUCCAGUAUGCAUGAAAAGAAGUUGUUUUACUACAAUCGGACAUCUAUGGCAGUAUUCAUCAUGUAAAAAGAAUUCCUUUGUUUUCCCAACUGGUUUCCAAACAAGCAGGAGGAUUAUUUGCUUCUAAUCAGCUGCCAACCGGCUCCAUACGUGCUCUACAAUGAGCAGCCGAAGGAAACGAACAGCCCCCACGCGGGUAGAUGAGGAAGCAAAGAAAAGGCUUAGUUGGAACAUGUGUGAUGACUUGAAGCAGCUCCAAACACUUGCUGUAACAGAUAGCAGCAACAAUCCCGAGGCUGCAGACACAAGUUUUCCAGAACAGGGGGAGGCAGGGUCUCUCCUGUUGAGCAGUUUGAAAUUGAAUGAAUCAUCAAACAUCUCCACUGUGACUGAGAUUGAGGAUGAAGGGGGGGCUUUCCUGUCAAGUACCUCUGCACCUCCCAGUCUCACUAUCUCACCAUGCCAUCCAGGUAAAGAGUGGCGAGCAGAGUUAAAUCAGUUCACCCUCCAACUUCCAGAAGGCCAAGUAUUUCCAGAUAACAUUUUGUCUCUCACCCUCUGCUUGUCAAAGACCACUAGUGACCAUCAUUUGCAAGUUUCAGUCAGGAAGGAAUGUGAUGACUCUGAGAGUGAUUGCCAUGAAGAAGUGAUUGGCUCUGUAAGAAGUUCACUCAGUUAUACAGUAUUGGAGGAUAUAUUAUGGCUUCAAAAAAAGAAAGUUCUUGGAUUAUUCCAAAAGAAUAUUGAAGAUUGUCAAACUUUGACUCAAACAUUGAAGGUUGCUAUAUAUCUACUUGAGUCUGGUUUGGGAAAGCCAGAAUACCUGAGUGAAGGAAGUUGGAGAAUGAAAAAGGCAAAUACAUUGAUUCAGAAACUCAUGGAAUACUUUUAUGACAUAGCUGCUCCAGAUGUAUCAAACAUCAUUGAAGAAGCAAAUAAAGAGUUAGAAAGGGAGAAUAUAGAAGAACUAUAUGACUUUGUACGCCAUGCACAUCAACAGGAAGUCCUCCGCAAUGAGAAGGUCCAGCACUCUCUGCUUGUUCCAACUCUCAGACCAUACCAGUGUCAGGCUGUCAAUUGGAUGCUUCAGAAAGAACAUUACAACAUUGAUACUCCCUCUGACCAAAUGUCCCUUCACUUGUUAUGGAAAGAAAUCACCACUAAAGAUGAGAAGAAAUUAUAUUACAACCCCUACACUGGCUGCAUUAUCCGUGACUGCCCUCUAUCAAGUGCUGACUGGCCUGGUGGAAUCCUUGCAGACGAGAUGGGUCUAGGAAAAACUGUGGAGAUGCUGGCACUAAUUCUGACCCACAAGCGUAAAGAUUUGAAGGAAGACACAUUAUCAUUCCCAGAGGGAAAAUCGACAAACUACUACAUCCCACCUUCACUGCCUCACACCUCCUGUAGAACAAGUGAGAAGAAAAGUGAAAUCAAGCCCAAGGAAAAGGUGACCUGCCCUAGUCUUCGAGUAAUGAUCAUUACUGCUAUAAAGGAAAUGAAUGUGAGGAAGUCGACCUCUGUCAAUGCCAUAUACAAAUACAUCAAUGGUACCUACAAGUAUGACAUUCAACGGAAUCGCCAUCUCAUCAAGAAAACCUUAGCAAAACUAAUUGCAGAGCAAGUGAUUAAACAGGUCAAAGGUCAUGGCUUAGCUGGUUCCUUCAUUAUUGGAAAGAAUUACAAAGAACAAACAAAAAGAAAAGGAACAGAAAAACAGAAGCUAAGCCCUGGGAAAAGCCUAUUGCCCAUUUUUCUGAAUAACAAGCAGGAGAUGAAAACAGAAGAAACUGAUCCUGCUUUGAAUACAACAGGCACUGACAAACCAUUGGCAAAUGAUAUCUCUGAUUGUCUCUUGGAAAAUGAAAAGAACAAUUGUAAUGAAACUGAGCCAUGCAAGAAUGAAGCAGAACCACCAGAAGUAUCUCAGGAACUUGAUCUGAAAGAGGAGACUCAUGAUGGUGGCUUAGAUUUUUUGCUGUCUGGACAAGGGAUUGCAGAAAAUAAUGAAUCUGGUGAAAUAAGGGAAAGUUGUUUUACCUCAAGUGAGGUGCCAAUAAAUGAUAAAAUUUCCCCAAAUAUCCUCCAGGGAGAUUUGCAAGAUAUAGACAGAACACAGUCAUCUAAAAUGACUUCUCCCUACACCAAGUCAAAGUGUCAUUUUGAAUGCAUAUGCGGUGAAAGUGGAUUGGCUGAUUAUAAAGCACGCAUUCAGUGCCUGAACUGCCACUUGUGGCAGCAUGCUACAUGUGUGAAUUACAAGGAAGACGACCUUAGUAUCAGGCCAUUCUACUGCCCCCAUUGCCUGGUCAAGAUGAAGCCUGUGUCCACAUCUGCAACCCUCAUUAUCUCCCCCAGUUCCAUCUGCCACCAGUGGGUGGAUGAAAUUAACAGGCAUGUGAGAUCAUCUUCAAUUUCCAUCCUGGUGUACCAAGGAGUGAAGAAACAUGGUUUUAUACAACCUCAUGCACUAGCAGAGCAUGAGAUAGUCAUCACGACAUAUGAUGUACUUCGAACAGAGCUGAAUUAUGUCGACAUACCUCAUAGUAACAGUGAUGAUGGGCGUCGAUUACGCAAAGAGAAACGCUACAUGGCCAUUCCAAGUCCUCUAGUUGCAGUGGAGUGGUGGAGGAUCUGUCUGGAUGAGGCUCAAAUGGUUGAAUGUGCCACUGCCAAGGCUGCCGAAAUGUGUCUACGAUUGACUGCCAUUAAUCGUUGGUGUGUCACAGGAACCCCUGUCCAAAGGGGCUUGGAAGACUUGUAUGGAUUAAUACUCUUUCUAGGUGUCGACCCAUAUUGGGUUAAACACUGGUGGGACCAACUCCUAUACCAACCAUACUGCAGAAAGAAUCCUAUUCCAAUCUACACACUCAUAGCAAAGAUCAUGUGGCGAACGGCAAAAAAGGAUGUUCUUGAUCAGAUCAAGAUACCUCCUCAGACUGAAGAAGUUCAUUGGCUGGAAUUUUCACCAGUGGAAAGACACUUCUACCAUCGACAGCAUGAAAUUUGCUCCCAAGAUGCAUUGCAGAAGCUGAGAAUGAUUUUUGAUUGGAGCAUCAAGUUGAGCCAACUUGAUAGACGCACAGUUGGUUCUAUUUUGUAUCCCUUGUUGAGAUUAAGGCAGGCAUGCUGUCAUCCCCAGGCUGUUCGAGGAGAGUUCCUGCCAAUACAGAAGAGCACCAUGACAAUGGAGGAACUGUUAAAGUCUCUUAAGAGAAAAUGUUCCACGGAAUGUGAAGAGGCUCAUCGACAACUGGUGUGUGCUCUCAAUGGGCUGGCUGGUAUUCAAAUUAUCAAAGGUGAAUUUUCUUCAGCCGCAGAAUAUUACAGAGAAGUUCUGCGUUCAUCCGAGGAGCAUAAAGAUAAACUUCAUACAGAUUCUUUACAACGCCUCCAUGCCACCCACAACCUUAUGGAACUGCUUGAGGCAAAACACCCAGGGAUCCCACCAACUCUUCGAGAUCACAAGCUUAAAGAAGAAGCUGAGCAACUUAAACAGCACUACAUGAGCAAAUCAGAUUUGGAAGUCUCGACAGCACAACAAGCUUUACAGCCAGUUCAACAGAAUAUUCAAGAACUGCAGCGCAAGAUUCAUUCUGGAGCUCCUUGGUGGCUGGGCAUUAUUGAAUGUAUACAGCAGGCUGGUCUGGAUGAAGAAUUAGUGAUUAGGGUGCAGAAUGAAAUCUCAUCCAGCUAUAAACAAGAGGGCAACAAGCUCUCCAUGUCUGAAAAGUUCCGGGACUGCAGAGGCCUUCAGUAUUUACUGGCAGUGCAAAUUGAAGAGGUGAAGAAAUCCCAGAAGGCGGUGCAGGAUUCCAUUAAGAAAUUGGUAGGGCCUCCAUCUCAAGAAGAAAUUCGAAUUGCCACGAUGUGCCAUCUUCGUCCAGUUCGAUUUCCCCUGAACAAUUGCCAGUUCUGUAAGGCAGAUGAACUAUUCACAGAUUAUGAAUCCAAGCUUUUUUCACACAGUGUUAAAGGUCAAAAAGCAAUCUUUGAAGAGAUGAUUGAAGAUGAGGAAGGUCUGAUAGAUGAUCGUUUACCCACCACUAGCCGGGGAUUGUGGGCUGCGAGUGAGACUGAACGUGCUUUAAAAGCCAUCCUAGCCUUUGGAAAAGCACACCGUAUUGAUACCUUGCUAAUAGAAGAAGGAAACAACUUCAUGGAACUGUUUGAAGCUUGGAAAAAGGAAUAUAAGUUGAUGCAUGAAUAUUGGAUGACACUGCGUGAUCGUGUUUCUGCUAUUGAUGAGUUAGCCAUGGCAACUGAACGUUUUCAACUGCGUCUUCCAGGUGAUCCCAAACCAAGUGUUCCGCUUCUUCAUAUCAUCGAACCACAUGAGGUGGAACAAAAUCAAAUGAAGCUCCUCAAUGACAAAGCUGUGGCCACAUCACAAUUGCAGAAGAAACUUGGUCAAGUCCUGUACCUCACAAAUUUAGAGAAGUCUCAGGAUCCAUCAAUGGGCAGCUUUAAUCCAGACCCUUGUCCCAUCUGUGCACGGCAAUUAGGACAACAGUGGGCAGUAUUGACAUGUGGACAUUGCUUCUGUAGUGACUGCAUCACCAUUAUAAUAGAACAGUACAGUACAGGGGCUCAGCGAAGCUCUAUCAAGUGUGCUAUUUGCAGGCAGACAACAACACACAAAGAAAUUUCUUACGUAUUCACAAAUGAGGCUGCAGACAAGGAAGAUGAAUUCCCUGUUAAGGGUAGCCAUUCUACUAAAGUGGAGGCUGUGCUCAGGGCACUGAAGAAAAUCCAGCAGAGGGAGCCUGGGGCCAAGGCCCUCGUAUUUUCCACUUGGCAAGAUGUGCUGGAUAUAAUUGGGAAAGCAUUGUUGGACAAUGACAUGGAAUUUGUUCAGAUCAAUGGGCUCCACAAGUUCCAGGAGAAUCUGUCAGCUUUUAAGUAUGAUUCCAAGGUAAAUAUCUUGCUGCUGCCUCUCCACACAGCAUCAAAUGGUUUAAACAUCAUUGAAGCCACAUAUGUCCUCUUGGUAGAACCUAUUUUAAACCUUGCCCAUGAGCUACAAGCAAUAGGGAGAGUGCAUCGUAUUGGACAAACAAAGCCAACAGUUGUUCAUAGGUUUCUAAUUAAGGGGACAAUAGAGGAGAGGAUGCAAAGUAUGCUCAAAAGUACUGAGAAAAGUCAUAACAAGUCAGUAAUUGUACAAUCAGAAGCAUCUGUGCUGACAGUGGGGGACCUAGCUGAUCUCUUCUCAGAAGAAGAAAGGACUACAGAUGGAUGAAGCAAGAUCACUGCCUAUGCACUAAGGUUAUAUUAAGUAGUAUGAACUAUGUAUAGAAAAAUAUUCAUUCUCCACCCGGACAACAAUGAAACCAAAACAAAAUGAACCCUGAGUGAGAUUGAAUUAAGGCAUAGACAUUGAUUAUUUGUUAAUAACUCUGAAUGGUGAAUAAAAUGGGGAAUUUCAACUUUCAUGUUCAAUACUGUGUGGUGUGGCAAGAUGAACAGUUAAACCUUGGGUUACAGUAGAGAAGCUGUAGAGUAGUGAAACAUUUGGUCCAAAUUUUACCACAGUGGCUUCUGUGCACUUCAGUUUGUCGUCAGUCCAGAGGUCAUGUGACAUUUAACUAUAUAGGGGGAGCAACAACUGGACCAGUAAAAUUUAGUUUUGGGAAAACAAUGCAGGACUGAAGUGAAGCGUGAAUUUAAAUGUAAAUCAAGUUUAGGAAGAAGGUUGGAUUAAAAGAAGAGGGAUGAGAUAGAGUGGAAAAAUACAAAGAAAUAUCUGUGCAACCAGGGAACGAGACUGCACACUUACAGUGAAACCAAAAAAGGAGAGCUGAAAUUCUACAAUGAAGUUAGAAAUUCCUGGAGACUCUCAUGCAGGUUAGGCAGCACUUAUGGAAAGAAAAAAAAACGUUAGUUUUCUGUCCUGAAGGGUUCUUGACCUGAAAUUAAUUGUUUUGUUUUCCACAGAAGUUUCUUAAACUGUUUCCAGCAUUUUAUUUUAUUUUAUUUUUUAGAGAUACAGCAUGGUCGCAGGCCCACACUGCCCAAUUACACCCAUGGGACCAGUUGACCUACUAACCGGUAUGUGCUUGGAAUGUAGGAGGAAGCCAGAGCACCAAGAGGAAAGCCACAUGGUCACGGGGAGAACAUACAAGCUCCUUACAAUUAGUGGUGGAAUUGAACGCAGGUCGCUGGUGCUGUUACCGUAGCCACCACACUACUGUGCCACCUUUUCACUUCUUACUCCACACUUGUAAUAUUUGAUCACCAUUGCAGAGCCAUUGUUAAAGGGAUAUGUGCACUAAAGAUUAAAUACAUUAAUGUUCUUGUUGAAUUUAAUGAGUAGUUAAUACAUACAGCAAAUAUGCUUUUUAGUGAACGUGGGGGAAAUCUAAGGCGGAGAAGCUGUUUUAAGUGGAACUAAUGGCAAAAUCAAGUUUCUGGACGUUCACAGUUAGUCAUGCACUUCAACAUUAGAGAUUGCUGUGCCAUUUAUCCAUAAAUUGUAGAAAGUACUAAUAACCUGUGCUGUUACUUGCAUUCAAAGUCUUUCGAUGGUUGCAUUGUGUUAACCCUCUCAGCUGCAAUGUUUCUGGUACAAGGAGCUAAAUUGUUUUUCUUUCUUUCCCUGUUCUAAUGAAGGGUACUGCACCUGAAAUGCUAACUAAUGAAUUUUUUUCUCCCCAUUGAUGCCACCUGAUCUGCUGAAUUUUUCCUGCAGUUUUUGUUUUUAGUGCAGAUCUCCACUCUUCACAGGAGGAGUUGAUAGAACUGUGGGAGGAAUAAAAUUAGAUGAAUGUACAUGAUUAAUUUGCUUGUUGAUUGGUGGGCUGAAAAGCUGCUUCUGUACCUCUCUGACAUUAAAUAUGGCCAUUUUCUAUCUUCGUACUUUGGAAUCUGCACAUACCUAUGACAGAAGAAUUUUUUGUCAGAGAUACGUGGCUCUUGCGGAUAGAAAUCUUUUUGAAACUACUGAACUGAUAAUUGACUUUAUAUUUUUAUAAGUUGAUCUUUAUGUAAAAUCCCUUGGGGAAAAAGUUGAACCUUGUCAAUUGAAUCACCAGACUUCAAAGUUCAAAGUAAAUGUAUUAUUAAAGUAUGUAUAUAUCAUCAUAUCCUGUGCUGAGAUUCAUUUUCUUUGUACAGGCUUGGUUCAGUUGAUCGUAUUGUUCCCUGUUCAUCAGAAGUUUAAUGCAACCCACCCCCUCCAGGGACAAUAUGGUGAAAGUACUACCCUAUGUCAGGUGUUUCAGGUGUAAAGUGAAACUGAGGCUCACUCUGUCCUAACAAGUGGACAUUAAAUAUCCUGUGCAACCAACAACUUGCACAGCUGCAACAUAAUGUCCCAACUCCUAUACCCAAACUGGUGAAGAUCUAGCAUGCUAAACAUUUUCUUCACCAUCCUGUUUACCUGUGAUGUUGAUUUCCACAAACCAUGUGCUUGUAUUCCUCAGUCCCUCUGUUUCAUUACUCUCCCUAGUGCCUGACCAUUUGUUGUACACGUCGUACAUUGGUUGGCUUUCCUAAAUACAGCAGCUCACUGUUAUCUGUAUUGAAAUUUACUUGCCAUUCCUUGGCCCACUUCUCUAACUGAUCAAAAUCCCCUUGUAACCUUCUUCACUAUUAACAAAUAGAAUUUAUUAUUCUGAGCCCUACCUGUGCAAAAUUGGUGUUUGGUUCUGAUAUGUUAUGAUCUGAUGAGUAGAAUUUUUUCUUUGUACAUUGCUGUCAUGUGAUCUAGUUUCACUUUAACUGAGCAAAAACCAUUUGAUACCUAUUAACAGCUUCUCUCUUAAUAUAAUUCUUCUGUAAAUUCUUCUUUCUUUUCAGUCAUACACUGUGUAAUCAUUGCAGCAACAAUUUGUAAAUUUCUGUUUUAGUAAUUAUACAUCCUGCUUAAUAUAUGGAUAUGUUGAUCAGGGCAAACCACUGAGGAAUUGUGAGAGACAAGUAUUUUUAAACCAACCUUAAUAAGGGCCUCCUUGGACAGAGCCAGGCAGGAUGUCCUGAGUAAGGCCACCUGGUGAUCUAAGGAGAGCCACAUAUCUCAUUGCCAAGUACUAGUCCUGCAGUCAUCAGACCAUCACCUCACCUCCGUGAAUCAUUGGAUAUGACUGGCAUGAGCUCUGGUCACUCAAGGUUGAAUUGCUAAGUUCUCAUUUGGCUUCAGAGUUCUAUCCAGUGGCCGUCAAUGAUAUUGUUUAAAUAGCAUUUUGAGCAAUAAUUAGUCCUGAACUCCUCUGUGGUUCUGAAAAAAAAACUUGAGUUUCAUUCUAGGAGUAUCAUUUCAAAAGAAAAAAUGUCAAAAAUUCCAUGUUUUUUAUGUUUUUUAUCAUUUAAAGCUUUAGGACGUUUUUGUUUCAGGUGAUACAUUUGAUUGAGAACAAAUAAAGAUUAAUA